AUGCCUUCAAUCUCUACAGUCACAAUCACUUUGCUCGCAGCGCUUUCCAGCGUUGGCAAUGCCGCUCUUUCUCGAGUCACUGACUUCGGCUCAAACCCUACGAAACUGGAGAUGAAUAUUUGGGUGCCUUCAAAACUAGCUACGAAGCCCGCGAUUAUUCUCGCGUUACACACCUGCGGCGGCACAGGCGAAGCCUACUCCAGCAUGACAAAGUACGGCACAUCCGCCGAUCAGAAGGGCUUCAUCGUCAUCUUCCCCACCACCAAGAAGGACUCCAAUUGCUGGGAAGUCAACACCACGAAGGGGCUCUCUCGCGAAGCAGGCGGCGACAACCAAGGCCUCGCCAAUAUGAUCAAGUACACGAUCCAGAAGUACGAUGCCGAUGCCAGCAAGGUCUUUGUCACCGGCGCUUCGUCCGGCUGCAUGAUGACCAACGUCAUGAUGGCUACGUAUCCUGAUCUCUUUGCUGCUGCAAGUUGCUACAGCGGUGUUGCCGCAGGCUGUCUUGCCGGAUCUCCUGGUGCCUCUCCAGGAAGCGCAGACCCGACCUGCGCCAAUGGCAAGGUUAUCAAGUCCGCGGAAGAGUGGACGAGGACGGCUAAGGCGAUGUAUCCCGGCUACAAUGGCACUUACCCGCGACUCGCUACCUGGCACGGUGUUGCUGAUAACUUGGUCUUCUACCCCAACUUCGGAGAGCAAUUGAAGCAGUGGAGUGGGCUUUUGGGUGUUUCUUUCACGAGGAACGAGACGAAUAAGCCGCAGAGUGGGUACACGAAGAUGAUCUAUGGCGAUGGAACAAAGCUUGUCGGAUACAGUGCCGCGGGAGUAGGACACAUUGUACCUGUUCACCCAACUGACGAUCUGGCGUGGUUCGGUCUUUGA